CUGACGUAUGUAAAGAUGGCACUCGACAUCGGGAGACAACUCGUACCCGUAAUGUACACCGUAGAAAACGGAGAAAACAUUCAAACCUGCGAAUUGUAGCGGAAAAAAUAAUGAGAUUACGAUUAUCUAACGUUGCAUUCGUUGAUCGUGGCACUUGUAAUUUCAAUUCGAUCGUGGUUACUUUGUAACGGCUGCCGUCGUAGCAAAGGAAGUCUCGGUUCCGUUGCGUCGCGAGGAAUCGCAGCGGCUAUCAAAAAAUCGUGGCGCUGUGUUGAGCGUGCGCUGACGCCAUAGUGUGCGCGAGAGGCGAGAACAGCCGAAAUGGAGGAGAGUCAAACAUCGGAAAGUGUCGCCGUGCUACCGGACAUGUCCGAACCGUUGACGAGCGAGACCGAGGAGGCGUCCGCCCUAACGACCGAACACGAGGCACAUCCCGUCGCGGUGACGGCGAGCGUCACUUCGGUACCGGGUGUUCCUGGUGUUCCAGGAGUCGGGGUACCGGUUUCUUUGCCUGUCGGUUCUAUCAUCGGUGUAGCGAACUCAACCAACGGCACGACCUUCAACGUCAUCACCUCGGAUCAGUUGCAGUUACCUGGCUCGGGACAAUUCAAGCAGAUGCUAUGUGUUGACAACGGUUUUAUUUGUGAACCUCGUCAUGAUAAAGACACUGAUCCUUUAAGGUGGAACGGAGAACUAAAGGCAACGCACAUAGUAAUUCAGAACAGUACAGAGGAACAUGAAUCUGAGCAAAUACAUGUGUCCACAGCGAAUACUCAACAAAUAUGCAGUUGGUCGGAAUCCGCUAAUUUGGCAGUGUUGCCUGUCAGGUGUAAAAAUACAAAUGCAGAGUUACAUAAAAGCAGAUUUGGAUCUGGAGCUAGAGGGAGAUGUAUUAAACUUGGACAAGACUGGUAUACUCCAAGUGAGUUUGAGGCACUCUGUGGAAGAGCUUCGAGUAAAGAUUGGAAACGUAGUAUUAGAUUCGGUGGCAGAAGUUUACAGACUCUAAUUGAUGAGCAAAUUUUAAAGCCACAUGCAACCUCUUGCACUUGUGCAGCAUGUUGCGAUGAUGAUAGUGCUACAGGACCAGUUCGAUUGUUUACGCCUUACAAGCGUAGGAAAAGAGCCAGGGAUACAUCAGACGGAGAUGUACCAACACGAAAAAUAAAAAGUGAUAAUUCCCGCGAUGGGAGCAAUAAUGAUGAAAGUGACAGUGAAGUUGUUGUACCUGAUAAGGAAGUAUGGCCACAGUUUGUCUCAACAGAUGGUUUAGUUGUACAGCAACCACAAGAUCAAGAUGGAGUAGUUCAAAAUGUACAUCAGUCAGAAAAUGGACAGAUCGAUGAUAUCUUUAAAAAACUCGACGAAAUGUCAAAUAAAAUGUUAAAACUAGCUUACGAAUUUAGAAGAACCUUAGAAGAAGCUAAGGAGGUAAACAGACAACAAAGAAGGGAGCAAGCACUAGUAGCCCAACUAGGAGGUAGAGGAGAUGUCAUUGAAGCUGUUGGAUUACAACCAGCAUCGGAUACUCAUAACAAAAAAUGCGCUAAUUGCGACAGAGAAGCAUUUGCAGAGUGUUCUUUAUGUAGGAGAACACCAUAUUGUUCAACAUUUUGUCAACGCAAAGAUUGGGCAGGACAUCAAGUGGAAUGUGUAAGGGGUGCUGCUGAAACUGUAAUGCUUAUAGUAGAAAGUAGUAGUGGAGAUACCAGUGCCCUUGCGACGACAACGGGGGACCAAUAGCUAGUGUUCCUCACACCUAUUCACCAAAGGAAUAUAGAAACUGAACAAAUUAACUUACAAACUUCAAAAUUAAAAGAAGAGACGAAGACUUAAAAAGAUUUGUUUAAUGACUUGGAAUGCCGGAGUUCUGUACAUACCGUAGUAAAUAUUUUGUACGCGUAUAAGCUAAAGUGUAAUGAUAUUAUUAAGUAUGUAAGUAUAUGUACGCAGAAGUUGAAACAUCUUCAGAAUCAUGGUUGGAAAUCAUGGGAAACGUUAAUGAAAAAGAUAAAAAAUCAUAUACCAAAUGAUUGUGCAAAUAAAAAUGCAAGAAAAUAUGCUUUAUAAAGGCAUACGCGUGCAUAUGUGUAUGUAUACACGUAUAUAUCUGUAAUACAAUUUUUGUCACUAAAAAAUAUAUGUGUAUACAUAUCUAUGUGUACUGCACAUUAUAAAAUAUACUUUUAUGAUUUUUUUAAUAAAAAUCUAAACCGACCAAAGGAGGUAGUUAUGCUUCUAUGGAAGCUAUUUAUCUACAUCAUUACAAACGUGUUUUCUGUUUAUAGAUAUUAUUUUGUAAUGCUAUUUUUAUUAGUAAAAUUUUUAAAAAGUGA